CUUCUUUCUAGACAGUUGAGCAGGGAGUGUCCGAGGCUAUCGUUAAGUUAGCUCCUAGCCUGAAAACUUUCAGUUAUUACACUUAUGGAAAACAUUUAUGUUUAAACAGGGCAAAGUUUAAAACUCGACAACAUAUGUAUGAUGUGCUAUCAACACAAGCACUGAACCUUUUUUUAAAAAAGAUCCCCGGUUAUGCCUUUCACUACGGUAAACGGCUGAGAGGGCGCUAGCUGGCUAAGGCGACACUAGCAGUGCUACAUUAGUUUCAUAGAAUCGUUAACGUUAACUCCGUGAUAAGCUUUUGAAAAUAUGUGUGCAAUUCGUGCCUGCCGCAAGAUGUAUUUGUACGUUGCGGGAGCUUUGUGACACAAAUAUCAUUGAUUAUUACCCCUCACAAAUCUGAAUGAAAGUUGGCGUUUCGACCUCCAGCAAUGACAAGGAUUCAGAAAUAAAGCACAGCACCGCCCACAGAGUUAUUAAAGGUUCUUAGUCAUAGCAUAUCUAAAUCAGUGCUGCUGACCACCUACACUCGGGAUGUUUCAUUAAUUUAGACUGGAGAAGGUCUGACAAAGUGGACGACGGUGAUAUUUAAAGUUAUCUCAGGCUUUUGGAAGUUAGGUGGAUUUAUCUUAUUGUCCUAUUUAACGUCUUCUAACCGCUUUUGUGCCACUUUGGUCCACACACAGGCUUUAAAAACCAGAUUUAUUUAAUCAGGCAAAGAAUAAAGACAAAAAUACGUAAACAUCUUGGCUGGACUAGACUACUCGGUGCAUUAUGUGAUUCUGUUUGUUUGAUAAAGGAGUCCGGUCCUUGUCUCUUGCUGGCCAUGUGGGCUUUGACAGCCUUCCUGACCAGCUUGUCAACAAGUCCAUCUGCCAGGGCUUCUGCUUUAAUAUUCUCUGCAUCGGUGAGACGGGUAUAGGCAAGUCUACACUGAUGGACACGCUAUUUAAUACCAACUUUGAGAACUUUGAGUCAUCCCACUUUGAACCUCAGGUGAAGCUCCGGGCUCAAACAUAUGACCUGCAGGAGAGCAACGUCAGACUACGUCUCACUGUGGUCAACACAGUUGGCUUUGGAGACCAGAUGAAUAAACAAGAGAGCUACCAGCCUGUGGUGGACUACAUUGACAGGCAAUUUGAGAGUUAUCUCCAGGAGGAGCUAAAAAUCAAGCGUUCUCUUCACAACUACCAUGACUCACGAGUCCAUGCCUGCCUUUACUUCAUUUCCCCCUCAGGCCAUUCACUCAAAUCCCUUGAUCUGGUCACCAUGAAGAAAUUAGACAGCAAGGUGAAUAUCAUUCCAGUGAUUGCCAAGGCCGACACCAUCAGCAAGAGUGAACUGCACAAGUUCAAGAUCAAGAUCAUGAGUGAGCUGGUCAGCAAUGGUGUCCAGAUAUACCAGUUCCCACUGGAUGAUGAGACAGUGGCCAAAGUCAACACUACAAUGAAUGGUCAUUUGCCAUUUGCUGUAGUAGGCAGCACAGAGGAAGUUGCUGUUGGAAACAAGAUGGUGAAAGCUCGCCAGUAUCCAUGGGGUGUAGUGCAAGUGGAAAAUGAGAAUCACUGCGACUUUGUUAAGCUGAGGGAGAUGCUCAUAUGCGUAAAUAUGGAAGACCUGAGAGAGCAGACCCACACUCGGCAUUACGAGCUCUACAGACGCUGCAAGCUUGAAGAGCUUGGUUUCAAAGACACAGACUCAGAGUGCAAACCUGUCAGUUUGCAGCAGACGUAUGAGGCAAAGCGUCAGGAGUUUCUGGUGGAGCUGCAGAAGAGGGAGGAUGAAAUGAGGCAGAUGUUUGUGCAGAGGGUAAAGGACAAGGAAGCGGAACUAAAGGAGGCUGAAAGAGAGCUCCAGAGUCGUUUUGAGCAGCUCAAGCGCCUCCAUGCAGAAGAGAAAGCUGCUUUGGAGGAGAAGAAGCGGCUUCUUGAUGACGACCUAAGCUCCUUCGGCAAGAGAAAAGCUGCUGCCCAACUCCUGCAGGCCCAGAGCCUCACUGCCAAUGGCAAGAAGGACAAAGACCGGAAGAAUUCUGGUUUCAUGUGAAGAUUCUCAGUUGUGACCAGCAAAACCGGUGACAUUAUACCCCACACCCUUUCCACACCCCUGUGGCCAGUUGUAACACUAAAGAAACCGCCCACAUAAAUCAGUUCAACAAAGUCCAAAAUGGGUUUUAAAAUGAAUCAUGUAUUUAAUUUUUUAUCUUUCUAGCAGUGAAGUGGUUCCUGUGAGGUACAAUUCACUUUCAGCUUGUCAGCACCAUAUGUAAUAAUCCAUCACCAUUUUUACAGGUUUGUCUAGUGUUUCUGUCAUUAAGAGUUGUCAGAAGUGUCACAGGAUAUUAUAUUUCCCUGUUUCUUUCUAGUUUUUUAUAUUCUCUUUGUUUGGUACACCACCUUGAUGAUCUAAAUCUUCAAUCUGAACAUACUAGCAUUAACUAAAAAAAACCCCCCAAAAACACUGUUAGGAACCUCACACGUUCUCUUGCGGUUGUUCCAAAGGGAACACAUUGGUUCAGAGUGUUUCACUUCUCUGCCGAGGUUUACAGUUAAACGGUUUUCUGAGGAGGGUAAAACAGAGGCUUGGUUUGGGAUUAGGUACAUGUUACUGUGUAUUUUUAUACAUAUAUUUUUUGUUUUACUUGCUCUCUUAUUUUCAUUUUUAUUUUAUUUUUUUUUAUAUAUUGACACAAACCGUUGACGCUUGCAGUCCUGUCUGUAUGAGAAGAGCUGACUCACGGGGAAAAAAUGCAUCACACCGAGUCGCUGUUUGAGGGAGAAUUGUAUUUCUCUGAAGACUGUAUUCUACAUAUUUCUGUUCAUCGCUUUUCGGACUUUUUAACUGUGUGAAACCCUUUCUCAGCAAUACUCCAGCAUAAACCGCUGCUGGUUUCAAUGAUUUAAAAAAAACAAAAACAAAAAAACAACUUACUGUAUUUACACUAGUUAAAGGUAAUAGUGCCUUAUCUGUAUUAAACCUAAAAACUACGUUAUCCAGUUUGUGAUCACAUCCAGGGAAACACAUCGAUGCCUACUGGAUAAAUGCUUGCCUGAGACACAUUUGUACUACACUUAUAUUUAAGGAAUAAACAGUAUUAUAUGGGAGCUUUUCUUCUUUCUAAAUAAAUCUUUGUAUUUUUAUGAUGA